AUGAUUUCUCGUGUUGGUUUGGGUUUAGCAAGACCUGUUGGUCGUCAAGCUAUUAGACAAAGAAUUAGUCCAAUUUUAUUAAGAAAUAUUUCAACUGUUAAAGCCAGUCAUGAACAAGAACAAGAAGUAUUGGUUGCUCAACGUAAGAACCGUCCAACCUCUCCUCAUUUGACCAUUUAUAAACCACAAAUUACGAUGAUUUUAUCGUCAUUUCAUAGAAUCACCGGGGUUGCAAUGGCUGGAGCAUUCUAUGCUUUAACUUGUGGAUACGCAGCCACUUCAAUUUUAGGAGUUCCUUUUGAUUCAAGUGUACUUAUCAGCACUUUUGCCGGAUUAUCUGUUUUCACCAAAGUUGGAUUAAAAGCCGCCAUGGCUUUCCCAUUUGCUUUCCAUAGUUUUAAUGGUAUUAGACAUUUAAUCUGGGAUUUGGGUAAAGAAUUAACCAUUAAAGGGGUUUACAGAACUGGUUACGCAGUUCUUGGUCUUACUGCGGUAUUUGGUUCCUAUUUAGCCUUUUUCUAA